UUCAGCUGUCAGGUAAAGUCAUGUCGACUCAGACCCCAUAGCUACGACUUGAAGCUCCCUCAAGCUGGCGUUUCCAUACAAGUACUACGACGUCCUGCAGGAGGAACGAAGGUUAUAUCCACGCUGGUGGUGCGGCGGCUUGGCUGGGGCAACCACACAGCUAUUCACGGCCCCCUUCGACCUUCUGGAGACGCGCAUGGUGAUCGUCAAGCAGGACAGAACUAUGGCGCAGACCAUCCGUUUGGCUAUCAAAGAGCAUGGCUUAUUUUCGUUAUACGAUGGCCUCAGUGCCCAGCUGCUGCGCCAGAUGACCUAUGUGGCCCUUCGCUUCCAUCUGUACGAGACCGGCAAGCGGUACGUGGACGAGUACAACUUCCUGCACAAGGUGGGUGUGGCCAGCGUGGCUGGGGUUGUGGCGGGCUGUGUGGGCAUACCCACGGAGCUGGUGAACACCAGGAUGCACGUGGACCGGGCCCUACCCGAGAAGAACAGGCGCAACUACCGAAAUGUCUUCCAUGGCCUGUACAAAGUGAUUCGCGAUGAGGGCUGGAUGUCGCUCUACCACGGUGGCAGCUAUUCGUGCGUGCGCGGGGCCCUAAUCACCAUUGGCCAGAAUGCGGUCUACGAUCAGGCCAAGAUGAACUACAGGUACUACCUUGAGCUGAAGGACGACAGCAAAGUGCUGCACGUGAUCAGCUCCCUGACGGCGGCCCUGCUCUGCGGUCCACUGUGCCAGCCCAUCGAGAUCCUGAAAACGCUGCGCAUGACCACCAGAGCCCCGGACGGCGGCAAGGCGGAUAAGUUCUUUAGCUACAUGAUGCGCUUCGGGCCGCGGGGACUCUUUCGCGGCGCUGUACCCAGCCUGAUGCGAAUGGUGCCCAACACGAUCCUCACAUUCGUCCUAUUCGAACAGUUUCGCCUGUAUUUUGGUUACUACGAUGAUGUGCCCAAGGCAGACUGAGUAAAAAAAAUAUGCAAACAAUAUGGAGGAAUGCCUUUCGAUCCGCGUUUAUUUACGCACUUAAAUGCGUGAAGGAAACUCCAAUCAACCAAUACAUACAACCAGCUGAAUGUUGAUUCAACCUCAAAACUGAGCCAGCGCAUGUCAAACAUUUAGUGCACUUCCUGGCCGCUGCCAUGAUGACUUCUCUGCCGCACACGCACGUAUUUAUUUGCAAAAC